CUCUUCUCCUUCCAAAACCAAAGCAAUUGAGCAAGUGGCAGUGUACCAGUACUACUCUAUAUGCGCAGAGGAAGUAGAGAGCGCGCGCAGAGCAGAAAUGGAAUUGGACGAUGAUGACUGGGAGUUGAGUCCAGAAGAACUGGAUUCCCUUGAAAGAGACGCCUUUCAGAAGAUCGCUCAACUGCAACGCCACAAUCCCAAUUCUUCUUCUUCUUCUUCCUCCGCUUCCGUCAACUGUUCUUACUAUAACAACAAUAAACCACCACAACAACAACAAGAACUGCACCAGCGGUCUUUGCCUCCCAAACCCACUACUGAUUCUUCUUCUAACAAGGUUGAAGCUUUGUCUUCUGGGUCCAGGGCAUUGCCCUCAUCAAUCACAGUCAAAGUGAACACUGAUAAACCAUCAAUGGGACUACCCAAGCUAUCUGUCAAAUUUUUUCUUCAUGCCGGCGGAAACAUUGCUUCAAAAUUCUCAUAUGACCAGGUACUAGUAGCUGCUUUCCGCCAAAUCCCCAAAGCUACUUGGAAUGCAAAAGAAAGGCUGUGGAUGUUCCCAAUAUCUUCCUUGUCAUCGGCAGAAAAAGUCCUUGGUCAGAUAUCUGGUUACAAUGUUGAGGUGGAGAACAUAGAUCCCUUGGUGCAUCGUGCUAUUGCUGCUGCCUCUGCUCUUCCGGAUCUUCGAAACCGAUAUGACAGGAUGCCUAAACAUGUUGAAUCUAAGCUUUUGCCUUUUCAACGUGAUGGUGUUAGGUUUAUCUUGCAGCAUGGAGGGCGUGUUCUCCUAGCAGAUGAAAUGGGACUAGGAAAGACUUUGCAGGCUAUUGCUGUAAGUGCAUGUGUCCGUGAUUCGUGGCCUGUUCUUAUUCUUACGCCUUCUUCCUUACGUCUGCAUUGGGCUUCAAUGAUUCAACAAUGGCUGGAUAUUCCUCCAUCAGAUAUACUUGUUGUUCUAUCUCAAUGUGGUGGAUCAAACAAAGCUGGGUAUACAGUAGUACCAUCAAAUACCAAGGGUAGCAUUCAUCUUGAUGGCCUAUUCAACAUCAUCUCCUAUGACGUAGUCCCCAAGCUACAGAAUCUACUAAUGGCAUUAGAGUUUAAGGUUGUGAUUGCAGAUGAGUCGCAUUUUCUAAAAAAUGCUCAAGCAAAGAGGACAACUGCUGCCCUUCCGGUCAUAAAGAAAGCUCAAUAUGUAAUACUGCUUAGCGGAACUCCUGCUCUAUCCCGACCAAUUGAGCUAUUCAAGCAGCUGGAAGCAUUGUAUCCUGAUGUAUAUAAGAAUGUUCAUGAAUAUGGUAGCCGAUAUUGCAAGGGUGGAAUUUUUGGAGUAUAUCAAGGUGCAAGUAACCAUGAAGAAUUGCACAAUUUGAUGAAGGCAACUUUGAUGAUUAGAAGACUUAAAAAAGACGUUCUUUCUGAGCUUCCUGUGAAGCGCAGGCAACAGGUCUUCCUAGAUUUGGCUGAAAAGGACAUGAAACAAGUCAAUGCUUUAUUUCGUGAGUUAGAGGUGAUAAAAGGCAAAAUUAAAGCCUGCAAAUCUCAAGAGGAAGUUGAGUCACUUAAAUUUGCUGAGAAGAAUCUUAUUAACAAGAUAUAUACUGAUUCUGCUGAAGCCAAGAUCCCGGCAGUUCUAGAUUACCUGGGAACUGUCAUUGAGGCAGGCUGUAAGUUUCUUAUAUUUGCACACCAUAAGCCGAUGAUUGACUCUAUAUAUGAGUUUCUUCUUAAGAAGAAAGUGGGUUGCAUUCGAAUUGACGGCAGCACCCCCCCAGCAUCAAGGCAAGCUUUGGUUACAGAUUUUCAGGAGAAAGAUGCUAUCAAGGCAGCAGUACUAUCUAUCAGGGCUGGAGGUGUUGGGUUAACUUUAACAGCUGCAAGCACGGUUAUUUUUGCAGAGUUGUCUUGGACUCCAGGUGAUCUGAUUCAAGCUGAAGAUCGUGCUCAUAGGAUUGGCCAGGUGUCUUCAGUCAAUAUAUACUACCUGCUAGCAAAUGACACAGUUGACGACAUCAUUUGGGAUGUUGUUCAGAGCAAGUUGGAAAACUUAGGACAGAUGCUUGAUGGCCAUGAGAAUACCUUGGAAGUUUCAUCCAGCCAGCCAAGAAGCAGCCCCGCAAAGCAGAAAACACUCGACUCUUUCAUGAAGCGCUGUAAAAACGUGGAUGACUUGGAACAUCAGUCCAAGUUCAAAUAUCCCCGGCACUGAGCCACGUACCCACAUAUACAAAUGUACAGGCACACGGAAAUUGUCCUUUUCACAUGGCAGAGGCAUCCAGAAGUAUUUUGAUCAUAUCCAGGUGUGUCCUCUUAACCCCCCAUUCUGCAGUUGGGGCUUUGGCUCCCAGCACUUUUUAAGGGAAGAGGAACCCUCAGAUUAGAGUUAGGAAUCAGUAACUAGAUCCAUUGGAGCCGAGGCAUGUAGAUUUAUUUAAUAGAUGCCUCUUCCCGUAAAUCAGAUGCUGCUGGAAAAAAAAUCCAACAGAUCAGAUGGUUCAGCACUUCAGCUUGCCAUUCAAUAGUUUUGAUUUGUCUUGUCCACUUCGCUUCGUGGGGGCAAUUAUACAGAGAAUCCUGAACCAAUCCUGGGCUUUUUGUUUCUUUCAUUUUUCUUGUAACAUAAACAGCAAAUUUUAAUACAAAUACACAGGUGUUGAAGUGCA